AUGUCACAGAGUACACAAGGACAACAUACUGCGGAUACACUAGCAGCCGAGCCGUACCUUGGUCCAUUAAUCUCGUCCUUCAUCUCAAACAUAGGGUACACGACGGCACCGGUGAUCAACGAUGGGAUAUAUUGGUCAGCUCUACAUCGACAUGCAGUUAACACUGGUUUUCCCCAUCUUGAGGGGUCCCACUCCUUCAAGUGUUUAAAAGUAGGGGGGAAUUAUGCUAUUGCUUGCUUUCCUAACCAUCCUCUUCAAGUCCAAGUAUAUGUCGGUAUAUAUACCUGGAUUGCCAUUGUCAUCGACGAUGUAGCAUGUCAGUCUUUGGAAGAUUUCGAACACUUCCAUGAGCGCUUCGCUAGCGGAAACCCCCAGCCAACGAUUCUUCUGGAGGCUUGGGCAGGGUUAAUUCGGUCAGCUUUUGAUCACUGGGACUCUAUGGCUGCCAACUUUAUCGUCGCCGCAUCCCUUGACUUUCACAACGCGUGCGUCUUAGAGGCGCGUUCCGAACUCCGACGCCUAGUACGAACUAAGGGAGGCCAGAGUUUGGCCUGGUACAUUCGUAGCAAGACUGGUGUUGCGGACGCUUAUGCGUACUUUACAUUCCCUAAGACCAUCUACCCUGACAUUUCAUGUUUCCUGGAAGCGAUCCCAGACUUGUCUGCUUAUUUAUGCCUCGCCAAUGAUGUGUUGUCAUUCUAUAAGGAAGAGAAAGCAAAAGAAAAAGAGAACUACGUCAACUACAGAGCUCAUUAUGAAGGCAAUGAUACCCGAACAGUACUGAGAGAGAUAAUUGAGCAGACACAAAAUGCCGUCCAGCGCAUGCGGGUUGUGGUUAAGGGGCGGGAGCCGUAUGAGCAGGCUUUAAACGACCACAUCUUGGGUUAUGUAGCGUUCCAUAUCCUAAGCGAUCGCUAUAGGUUGUCGGAGAUUGGCUUGGGAGAGAGUACACCUGGCGUGGCUAACAGCGAAGUUUCUCAGUGUUCUUUGAUUGACUGCAAGAAGUAA